AUGAAAAGUAGUAAAACUCUUCUUAGACCAAUUGAAAGUCAAGAUCAAUUUGAAUUUUUUAUUGAAAUAACUUCGACGCCAAAAACAAAAUUUAUUCAACCAACUUCAUCAACACCUGUCAAAAAAUCUUCAUCAUCUCAUAGUAACAAUAAUAACAAUAAUAAUAAUACUCGUACAUCAGUUCUUUCACGUCGAACAUUAAAACGUACCUAUUGUAAAAGUGCAAUAUUCUUUCGUCAAUUGAAACGAACAUUUUUGUAA